AAGGGUCAAUGUGAUUUUGUUAAGGACUAUCAAAAGUGGGGUUAGAGCACGUGUUUUUAUUUAAAUUAUUUGUUAUCUUUACUAACUGGUAAUUAGAUUAAAAGAGAGCAAAAUGUCAUAUUGCAGAGAAGAAGGAAAAGACAAAAUUGUGUUCUUAGAGAAGGAUUCAGCAGUAAAAAAUGAUUCUAAGACCAUGUCACUACUGCCUAGUGAUCUUGAAGAUGAGCCUGGAUUAGUGUUAGAAAAUGGUGAGAUCAACUGGAAUUGUCCAUGUUUAGGAGGAAUGUCCUCUGGGCCUUGCGGCGUACCGUUUAGGGAGGCUUUCUCAUGCUUUCAUUACAGUCAAGCUGAUCAAAAAGGCUCAGAUUGCUAUGAAGAAUUUGCUAAGAUGACCGACUGUUUUAGAAAAUAUCCAGAUAUAUAUGCAGAACCUGAUGGUAACAAAGAGGAAAAUGAUACAGAAGAAAGCACACCUGAUGCGUCAUCCGAACAAACCAGUGAUGAAACUUCUGCAACUUCGGAUGGAAAAAAAUCAUAA